AUGAAGCCGAGCUUUGUCCUUAUGGUUUCUGUUUUCUGUGCGGCCAUGUUGGCCUCGAUUUGUAUAAUGAUUUUUAUGCCAAAAUACGUGUCUCGUCAAGCUGCGUCCACUGCAUCAACAUUGUCACUGUUACCGGCAUUAUCGACAUUGUCAUCACUAGAUCUAGACUCGGCGAAAAGGCUGCUUAUGCAUACGGCUUCGCAAACCAAUGAUGCCGUUUUAAAUGCAUCCAGCCUAUUAAUUCCUAGUGGAUUCAAAAAUCUAAACUUGACGACGGGGGAAACCGCUUUGUUUGCCUCAGUUGCCACGUUAAGUGCUGUCUUUUGUAUUUUCAGCAUCAGCGACCUUUUCUAUUCCAAAUUUCCUUCCAAAAAUAUGCAAAGCGGAAACUUUUUCACACAGGGCCAACAAGACGCCCAAGCCGAUUCAAAGGCCCAGAACGGUGGCACAAGUCAAUUAUCUUUGAAUUAUUUGUCGCCAUCGAUUUUCUUCCAGGGCAUUUACAUGGCUGCAUCUGUAAUUACCCUGAUUGCCCCCGGAAUGAUAUAUUUUGUAUACAUUAUUCCUUGCCUGUUGAAUGAAUGGUAUUAUCUACUUUUCGAAACACUUGAAGGACUAAAGAAACACAUUUUAAAAUUUGUCGUCAAUUUCAGCAUCUCCAUUUUUAUUCAAAACCUUGGCUUUUCUCUUGUUCGAAGGCGAGGAAGCUGGACCCUUUCUGCUUUCUUCAGCAGUUCUGUACUGGACCGAAUCAACUACCCGGAGCGCCAAUCGGUUGUCCUCUUUUGGUGCUGUGUAUCUUAA